AACACGGCAUUUUCCUAUCGGCUUAACUUACUAUUAACCACCUUAUUCCGAGUUUCUACCUUCACAAAGAGUACACUAUCACUCGGUAACAUCUUACCUGUAAGAGACCCAACAUUCAUUGAGGCCCGAUAUUCACAUCAUCCAAACAGCACUAGGAUAACAUUCUCACGGUAUCCUUACAGCGACUCUUCGCAAGAUGGAUUCCAGCAAGGUCGUUAAGUUUGAGGAGGCUCCUGAGGGCAACAAGGUCGAUCUUAUCAAGAAGGGUUUUGAGCUGGAUGUGAUGAAGAGAGCAAUCGACAACACUGCUGCCCGAAACCCAUGCCCGUGUGGUAUGUACCAGUACUAUAGUCAGAAGUGCGGGCAUCUUUACAAGAAGAUUCAUCUUAAAUGCGGCAGGAGCACUUCCAAGAAGACAGGCGAUGCCAUCCUCUGCUCGGCUGGACGCCUGCGACGUGUCGAUGUCGAGACUGCCAUGGUUCCAUUUCACUGUAGCACCUGUCGUCAAUCUGGAAUACGAUGGAUCGGACGAUCUGAUAUCAUCCAGAAUGCCAACCAGGAGAUCGUCAACCAGCCCAGCAUCAAGCAAAAGGGUGAAGCUAACCCUUCUAGUCUCGUAGAACAAGAUCAAGAAGGAGGCCAACGAGGACAGCUUCAAGAACUUUACCGUAUCCCUGAAGCUCCGAAGUCGAGCCCGAGCCAGUUGCACAACGCUCUCCCGUUCCGCGGUUACCGCGACCAGAAGGAGAAUGUGAAAGUAGGUCUAGAAGCUUCUAAGGAGCCCGCGAAGGAGGAUGGCGAAGAGAUUGAGGAUUAAGAUUGAUAACGAAUGAUAUCGUACUGUGUAUUGGAUCCGAAAUACGUUCUUGAGCAGAUUGAGCAGGAUAAGAAACAGCCAAUACGAAAGUUUUCGAGUCAUGGGUAUAGCUCAUUUAGUUGUGAUCUUCCCUGAUACGCAUUAUCAAAGAAUUCAGU